AUGUGCUUAAAAUUUAGGCUAUCGUAUUUGAUUUUAGGUGAAAUUGCUUGGGAGCUUUUGAAUCACUACGGUAUUCCAUUAGAGAUCACUCAGAGGAUAUGCGAAAAAAAUGCUGUGAAAGUUGACGUGGAAGGAUUCGACAAAUGUCUCUCUCAGUUAAAGAUCAUUCAAAAAGCUGAAAAUGAGCUGUGGCAAAAGGUAAAUGUGCAAGAAAUGUUAAUGAGUGGUGUGCAACCAACGAUUGAUUCAAGUAAAUACGACUACAGACGAGUUGGCAUUGAGAAGUAUGAAUUCACCAGUGAAGUAAGCCGCGUUGCUGCAAUUUUUGAUGCUACUGGAAAACGGACAAAAAAGCUUGCAGCAGGCAAAGCUGGAUGUGUCAUUAUGGAAUCGACAAAUUUUUUUGCCGAACAAGGUGGCCAGCUUUACGAUCAUGUUCAUGGUGCAAAACAACGAAGCGGUUUUAUUAUCCUUAUCGGUGAAGUAGCUGAUAAUACGGGAAUAGAGGAGGGCAUGUGCCUAACACAGAUCAUAAAUGAGAAGGAUCGAUUUUCCUUAAUGUGUGGUCACACAGCUACUCAUAUUUUGCAUUUUGCGCUUCAAAAAGUUUUCGCAUCGCCGAUUCGACAAAUGGGUUCGCUGAUUGCUCCUGAUAAAUUGCAUUUUGAUUUUUCAGUUGCCAACGGGACAACUGGUGUAAUGAAGGUUGAAGAAGUUACGAAUGUUGUAAAUGAGAUUAUUGAAAGUAAUUUGGACGUAACUGUGCAAUAUGUCCGACAAAAUGAAGUUGGUCCAGUUCUCGACAGCUUUUCAACGUUCGAUAUUUCCCAGGUAUUCGUGGUUUCAUCGAUUUUUGAUCUGAGGAAAUUUUCGGAGAGAUGGGAUGAAGUUCUUCAUCAUUCUUUCAGAUCUUUGUUGGUAUUAGUUUAA